GACAGGUGAGAAUGGAGGAUGCUAAGGACGAAACGACCUCCCUCAAAGGCUUUUCAGAAAGACUUACACUUGGAAUUACUCGGGUUUUAGAGAACCUUCCCAACGUGUCAGACGUACAGUUUGCUGAAAGAGAACCCGCAGAGAAACGAUGCCUCCUCUCAUGGGAGCAGAAAAACAACUGUGUUUUGCCAGAAGACCUGAAAGACUUCUAUCUCACAACCGAUGGCUUCACCCUCACUUGGAGCUCCAAACUGGAAAAUGAGUCCGUGCCUGUUGGUUGUAUGGUCAUCAACAGUGUUUUAAAACUCUGUCUGCUGACUCAGUCAAAUAUCUACUCACUCCCCAGCGCACCCACGUUAGAUGAUCUUGAUUUUAAAGAUGAUUUUGAAGGAUCAGAAGGCCACGAAGAACCACACUUUGAUUUCCGCAGCCGAAUCUUCGAAUUGGAUCCCUGUAGUGGCAACGGCAGGGUCUGCCUCGUUUACAAAAACUGCACUUUAGGUGCUGUGACUCAGCAAAGUGAAAUCUGGUUCCUGGACCGCUCCCUGUACUGGCAUUUCCUCAGCUCUUCCUUCACUGCAUACUACAGGCUCAUGAUAACACAUCUGGGACUGCCGGAGUGGCAGUACAACUACACUCCAUAUGGACCCAGCCCACAAGCCAAACAAUGGGCAUCUCUUUAUCAGCCUCUCACGUUCAGCGCCGACCCGCCUCUAGAUCCAAGUGCUGAACCAUUCUUAAACAAGCUAGAUCCAGCCAAAGCUUUCUGUGGCAAAGCCAAGCCUCCUGCUCCAAAAAAGAAGCAACCUGGUCCGUCCCAACCCGGUGGAGGAGCUCCCAAAGGCCGAGGCACGGGCAAACAAAGCGUGAACAGAAUUCCACAGCAUCCCCUAGUUGCUAAAGAUGUGGUUGUAUACACAUACCUGUACAUGUGAAAACUGAAAUCAGGCUUAUGCAGGAAGAAACACCGCAUGUUCUGCUUAAGAGGCCCUUGUGUCGAGGUUAUACUAGCUGUAAACUACAUGUGCAUGGAUGUAAGACGGCUGGCACGCUUUCUGUUUUCAUUUGAAAAGGAGAGCAAUUAGAAGUCAGUUAUCACACCACUGUACAUAACAGUGUUACUUUAAUUUUAAGAUAUAUAGAGUAUGUAUUAAUGCACUUUUGUAAAAUUGUUGUUGCUUAAAGAAAACAAAAUGCUCUUUCACUAAACAGUAUUUCACUAAUUGAGUAUUUUGUGGGAAGCAAAAGGGGUGCCAACUCCACAUUAAUGCCAAUGCUUUUGAAUUCUGAUGUCCAACAUGCUCAUGGCUAUUUACAUUAUGUAUGUAUGUAUUUAUUUAUGUAUAUAUGAAUGUAUGUAUUGUGUUGUGACAAAACAUUUUCUUGCCUGUUAUAAAGGUUUCGUUGUUGA